CCCGCAGCCCGGCACUACGUCCGCGCGCUGGACGCACGAGGAUCCAGCGAAAGCGCGAUGAGCUGCAGCAGACGCAGGGACGACUUGCGGGGCCUGACGAGCAUCACAUAUGCGACGUCCCGCGGCGCGCUGCCGACGAUGCCCAUGCCCGUGUCCCAGAUCGACGCUGCCUUCUCAUCGCGCCGCGCAUGA